AUGCCUACUGGGGGAUUUCAGAGUGAGAUGGGCUGCCAGCUGAAUCAGGUCCUGAGCGGUGUGGGGGGUACGGUGCCUACCAACGCAUCUGGCAACCACAACAGCGGCAGCAACCGCACUGGCAGCCUCAACUGCAGCAGCCGCCGGAGCACCAGCAACCGCUGUACAAAAUGCAGUAACCGCUGCACAAGACGCAGCCAGAGCUGCCACAUUGGUAGCGGCAGGACAAGCCCCAUUAGCACUGGGCGUACAAGCAGCCCAAAACGCAGCACAAGCAGCAGAAGCAGUAGCGCAAGCAGCAGUACAAGCCCAAUUGCCAUCGGCGCCAUCAGAAACAGCGUUGGCGGCAGUAAAAGUAGCAAAGGCGGCAAGAAACAUGGCCAACGCAACAGUGUUGGCAGCUUCGGGGACUCGCGGAGCAAUUACAGCUGUUGCAGACGCCGCAAAAACAGUGACGACAGAAGCAGAAGGAGCAUUAAAGGCGUUAUCAGCAACCACGCAAGACUCAGCGGCACUGACAGCGACGGCACGUUCGGCAAUAGUCAUAGCCAAAACAGUGGCGGAUAUGACCGCAGCGACAGCAAUAACCGCAGAAACACUCUCCGAAGCGGCGGCGGUGAACAACGCGGCAACAGUUGCAUCAGCAGCGACAGCGGGAGCAAGAGCUGCCACGGCAGCAGCAAAUGCCGCCAACGCAGUACUGCCCACGGCAUCCCCAGCGGCAACAACCCCUGUGACGCUGGCGGCUGCACCCGGUACAACGUCUUCACAAGGAGCAGCAGCAGCACGUCAAGCAACAGUGGCAGGGCUGACGGCAUCGGCGGCGGCGGCGGCAGCGGCGGCCUCAGCGGCAGCAGCAGCCGCUGGGGCUACAACAGUGGAGGUGGCCGCCGACGCAGCAAGAAAAGCGUCCGACGCGGCAAACAAGGCGGCACUGGCAGCAGUACAAGCGGCGUUGGUAGCAAAACCAGAAUCGGCGGCACUGAUAGCGAGCCAGAUAGCGGCGGCGGCGCUAAAAGCAGCAGGAGCGUCAGGAACGGCGGCAGAUGGAGCGACUCUGGCAGCGUCUUCGAAUCCAACGCCGGCAAACGUCACAGUGGCCGCCAACUCAGUGGUCACGCAAACAGGAGAAGCAGUAAGAGACCUGCAGAAACUGUUGGCAGUCCCCGAGGGGUUGACGGCAGCACAGCAGGCAUCCUUGAAAGGGGCCCAGUCGGUGGCGCAGAUAGCGCAGGCAGCAGCGCGUGCAGCGGCAACAGCAGUGGGGGCAGCUUCGUCGGCAACAACAACGCCAAAUGCACCCAACCUGGCAGCGUUGGGCGCUUCAACCCAGGUGGCGGCAGAAGCGGCGACAGCGGCGGCAUCGGCGGCAAGUGCGGCCGUGUCGAACGCUGCCUUUAA